AUGUCGCUGAAUGAUCAAGACAACUGGCGGCCAGUGCCAACGCGACUUGUGCAAUUCGACCAGGUGCAACAGCAAGAACAAGGCACCAAGAUUCGCUUUCUGGGCUGUGUUCAGGCGUAUCAAGGCGAGAGCGCGACUCUCUUGCUGAGCGGCACUCAUGUCAUCUCAAAGACGGCGAAGCAAGUUCACGUGAACGUCGAGGAAAUACUACCAUCAGUCAACCACGAGCUGCUCCAAGUCGGUGCUUGGUUGAACAUUGUUGGAUACGUGAGAAAGCCGGAUUCUCCUACAGAUGCUCCGCUAUCCAAGUCUGGAAAACAGAGGCGACGAAGCACUCGACUGAAACCUACCGUGGUCGACGCCCUCAUGAUGUGGACUGCUGGUGCGAUCAAGCUCGACGACUACAGCUCAGCGGUGCGCAGCUACCAAAGUACGCUUCCAACAGACUGA